CGUUUAGUUGGGUGUUCACAAGUUGUCGAGACAUCGUGCUGUGCAGCCGAGUGACAUCCGCAUUCGGUGUACAUUGCAGUCUGUUCUAGAGGUGCACACGCGCAGAACAUCACGUUCAUCGGAUUGCGUGUCGUGAGUCAUUGUUGUGUUGACAGUUGAUCCAGAUCGGUCCUCGUGUUGCCGUCGGCCUCUGAAAUCAAAACGGACAGGCACGACUUGCAUCUAUGCGCGACGCGUUUGCGAACCGCGUAGUCAGUGAACGAAAUACGCAUCUUUUGCGUCUCAACUUCGACUUACGUCGUUAAAAUAUAUGUGGCGAGUAUUUCAAACGUAAUAGGUGGUUUAUGAAUCGUAUCCAGAGUGUGGAUCGAACAACAUUUGGUGACGAUUGACCGUGUAGCGAGUGCGAUAAAAAAAAGCUGUAAUAGCGUCGAUGAAUUUCUCGAACACGGCCGUCGCAUGGUUAUGUAACAAAGAGUGAAAAAAAAGAAAAACUAGAUACACGAGAGUGCUCGGGUGGAAAACGCGGACGCAUAGUGAAUACAAGAGACGAGUACAGAUACAUAAAGAGACGAUCGAUCAUCGAACGUGACCGAUCGCGCUUUUCCAGUGGCGGUGAGUGUGUGCGCGUGUGUUGAGCGACGGAGUUAGCGAUACAUAGUGUCCCAGUCGCGCACGGCUCGUUUUCAGAGCUGUAAACUUUCAAUCGUCACGCAGUGAGUCCCGCGGCAUCGAUGGUGCGAAGUUCGACAAUGGAGCAAACGUUCUACGAGGACACGAGCGUCUACGGCGCCGUGAAUCGCGAGAACAACAUGGGUCAAUUGAAACGUAAUCUUACGUUAGAUCUGAACGAAUGUCAGAGACAAGGACCUGAAGCGAAAAAGCCGCGAUUAGGACCUAUACCACCAGCGUUAAAUAACGUCACUCCGAUUUUGAGCUCGCCAGAUUUGAACAUGUUAAAACUGAGUUCUCCAGAAUUGGAGAAGUUCAUUAUCGCCCAACAAGAUAGUCUUGUAACGAAUUUAGUGACGCCUACGCAAAUCUUGUUCCCGAAAGCAGUCACCGAGGCGCAAGAAUUGUACGCUCGAGGUUUCGUCGACGCUUUGAACGAGUUACACCAUUCGGAUAGUUCACAAGAACCUGGCAGUAUUCAUGGAGCUACGUAUACAACUUUGGAGCCGCCGAACAGUGUACAAAGUACAGAAUCGUCAGUGAGUCAGGGUGUGAUGCAGAUCAAGGAUGAACCCCAAACGGUGCCAAGCGUAUCGAGUUCACCUCCGAUGUCUCCCAUCGACAUGGAGAAUCAGGAAAGGAUCAAGUUAGAGAGGAAACGUCAAAGGAAUCGCGUGGCGGCAUCCAAAUGUCGCAGGCGUAAGCUUGAACGUAUUUCCAGGCUGGAAGAUAAGGUUAAAUUGCUGAAGGGCGAGAACAGCGAAUUAAGCGCUGUGGUGCAUAGAUUGAAAGAGCACGUGUGCCGGUUAAAGGAGCAGGUGAUGGACCACGUGCAUUCUGGUUGUCAGAUCAUGGCAGUUUCGGGUCAGUUCUGAGCCGACGGCAUCGGGCGGGACUCUCCGACGUAUAUUGUUUCGUCUGAUGGUGUCUAUGGUCGCUUUUACAAAUGCGACGAUAUUGUAUUCUGUUACCGAAACGAGGAGCUUUUACCAUGGAAUAUCGAUGUCGUUUGGAUUACGUCGUUUUCAAUUUCUCGUUUGUUUCAUUGUUUUCGGGAAAAGAGGACACGGUGAUGAUCGUGCUUAACGAUGUAAAAGAAGAAAAAGAAGAAGGAGAAGAAAAAGAAGAAGAAGAAGAAGAAGAAGAAGAAGAAAAAGGGAGUGCCUUGAUGUACCGGAUGACGUAAAAUAGAGAGACGCUUUUUUUUUAAUUUAAAAAAAAAAACAAGAAGAUAAUCAUUCGUAUACUCGCGUGUCUCUUUGUGUGUGUCUGCUUUUUAUGCAUACGUGAAACGCGUUGCGUGACGAUUAUAGAAAGACUGUAGGGAAAGUGGGAACCGUGGUGGAAAAGGAAGGGGAAAGAAAAAAAGAGAUAGAGAGAAAUAGCGUCGAGUAUAUAUUACGAGAAGUGAAGUGAGGAACAAAGAGGGGAGGAAAAGGAUAGAGUAAAAGGAGAGUGGGUGGGACUUGGCAGCGCGGCCAUUUUGGAGAACCUCGAAUACUGGCGGGAGAUUCAAAUCUUCCAGCUGUCUUUUUAGAAAUUUUUUAAUUGUAUUAUAUUUUCGUCGGAGGAGGAAAUCAAUUAAAUCGAUCAAAGAAUCUUUGGAUUCUCGAUUGUUGUUUUUUCAUGCUUGAUUAUCGUAUUUUAUUCUUUUUAACAUUGUUCUUUUUUAGUUUUCUCUCUAUUAAAACUUUUUUUUUUUUGGUUUUAUUUCUAUCAUUCUUUUUCUUCAUAUUUUAACAAAAAAUAUGUAGAUGUAAUAUGUUUAAUAUAUUUAAAAAUAUUAUUAUUACAUAAUAAGCAAGAAUUUAUGAAAUCUUCCGAAGAAAUAAUUUUCUUUGAAAAAUUUUUUUUCCGAUUUAUCUCAAGAAUUUAGGAAGGAACUUCCUAAACUGGCCUAGAAUUUCGUGGCAAUUUUUUCAAUCAUAAACUAUCGUUUCACAAUAAUAAAUUCGCAAAUUGAAUAUUUAUUAAUUCUUCGACGCAGAAUAAUUCUUAAUUUUUCUCUCUUCUUGGAAUGAUAAUCAAAAGAAAGAACUUCAUUCGAAGUAUUCACAAGAUGUAUUAAAGAAAAAGAAAAUCUGUUGUUGCACAGUAGAGCGUAAGAAUUGAAAAAAAAAAAAAAUAAGAACAAUAAAUAGGCUAAGAAAAAUUUUGAGAAAAAACGAAUGUGUCGAAUGCGUUUGGCAAUAGCCAAAAAAUUAAGAAACGAGUGCUUUCUAAUAAUGUUGAUCGAUGUUUCACGGUGCGUAUUCACAAGAAUCGGCGAGAUAUCGUCGUUUUGAAGGUGCUGUAAAAAUAUUUCUCGAGUUUCUCUUUUUUCUUUUCUUUUUUUUUUUUUUCCAAAUAAAUGCGAGCUUGUAAAAUUCUUCUCGACAACUUCGUUCUUUACGAUUAUAUCUUGAAACGGACCAUGUUUAACCAUGUUUUGCGACGGACAACCAUCAUUGUUUUUUUUAAAAAAUAGCGUUAGCGUCUGAAAAUAGUUGCUGGCGUUGAAAUCACCGCGUUCAAAAGUACCUCGUUUCACGCGUUUCGAUAUAUUUCGGAUACCCGCUUUCUGUCGGGUAAAAAAUUAUCGAAUUUUCCAUUUUUGAUUUUAACGUGGCGCGUUACCUCGCCCACAACGCGACUCUCCGCGAAACAUCUCUCGAUCUUUUCCCCUUUUCUUUUUUUUUUCUUUUCUCUUUCUUUCUUCGUAGCCUUUAAGCCGGAUACUGCAUAUAUUCCCCACGGUUCCAAAGACAUUUUUUUUUUUUUCAUGUCUCUGGAACAGUCGUUUCGUCAUAUGUGCAUCUAGUCUUGUCCAGUAUGCCCUCGUAACUUAUGCACGCUGCGUGAUACUCGCAGAUCCGCAUAAAACAAGAACAACAGAGACAUGUUAUAAUACGUGCGUAGGUUUCGAUUGUGUUACCACGUGCUGACGAGGACUUGCAUUUAGAAGAAACGCUUGGGAAAAAAAAAAUUCUUUUCUAUCUUAAAAAUUAUCUUCUUGAUACUCGAGUUGUAAUUUUCUCUUCUUUUCUCUUUUUUUCUUUUUUUUUUUCAAUCGAAGAAAGCAAGUGGUAACAGAAUCGCAUGGCGUUACCGUUGUGCCAUUACGCAAACAUAAUUGUUGUAAAAAAAGUUUUCUCCCGGAGUGUCGCAACACUUUUACGAUUAAUCGUAAAUUGACGACUUGAGAUGAGAUAUUUUUUUUUCGAUUCGACUCUUUAGAAGAGCAAUGAUCGAGCAAUCAUGCGUUUCUAUUAUGAUCGCGUGUUUUUUUGAGAUUUUUCUUUGUUGUCGAUAACAAAGACGAGAUAAAUUCGGGAAAAUCGGGAUUCGAAUCGAGAAAUAUUUAAGAAAAAUUGGAUUUUUUUUUUCUUUGAAAAUAUUUCAAAAAAUCACAUGGAUGUAUUUUUACGGUGGAAUCUAUUAAUUCAAUUUCCACUGAUUAAAUAAUAGAAAACACGUUCUCUCGUGAUUGCUCGUUUUUAUCACUCGUUCUUUUUUUUUUUUUUAUAUAUACAUACUUUAUUGAAAUGACAAUGAAAUAUACAAACGAAAUAUAAAAAACGACGAAGAAGAAGACGAAAAAAAAAACUGUGUUGGGAUCCUCCGUGGGCUGCGAGCUCGUUCGAUUACGAGAAGAUAGGCUUAAUUGAAGUAGUAGAUGUAAUGGAAAUUGAACGAAUUGGAAAUGAUUCGUUGUUGUCGGGAGAUUGCAAUUCGAUGGAAGAAAGAACAGAGGAAAUUUAUUCGAUAUUUUUAGAUACACGUAUUGUAAUAAUAUAUGUAUACAUAUAUAUAUAUAUAUAUAUAGGGUACCAUUGGAAGAAUGGUGGGUUCAAAUGAAGGGAAGGAAUCUAUUUUUCUUUUUUCUUCUUCUUUUUGUAAUUUCGAUUUCACGUAAGUCUUUCACUUUGCAAAACUCGAUCUUUUCUUUUUUCUUUUUCUUUUUCUCAAUUCUUCGAGAAAAAUUUUUUAGAAAAGCUUGAAUAUUCGAUUUUUUCUUCCCCUCCUUUGACUUUCGGCACAUAACUUGACAAUUUUUAACAUAUAUGUAUAUUUAUUUUCUUUUUUUUUUUUUUUAUAUACACAUUAGAUAAGCGUGCUCUGUUUUCUCUUGCUUCAAAAGUCUCGUUCUCUCUUUUUUUUUUUUUUUUUUCCUUUUUUCUUCCUCUCUUCUUUUUAAUUUAUUCCACGAGUGGAAUACGUAUGGUACGGUCGUUUUUCUCCUUUUCUUAUUUUUCGUUAUAUACAAAAAAAUGUUGUAUACCUUCUUCGUCAAAAAACGAAGAAUUGUAUUCGUAAAAAUAGAAACGAACAGAUUUUCCUUCUUUUUUUUUUUUUUUUUCUUACGAGAUCUUUCAUUGCUAGAAUUCACGAGAAAGUAGAGAGAAAUUAGUUGUCUAGUAGGGCGAAUCGGCCAUCACUUAACAGCGUGCCUUUUUCACGAAGUAAUAAAGAAAAAGCGAAUUAAAAAAAAGAAAAAAAAAAAAAAAGAACACAA